AUGCCUUCAGCUCUACUCAUCGGCGGCAUCACCCACGCCAGAAAGGAAUGGGAGGAUCUCUCGUCCAUUCUGACUCUAAAGGAAUUUCCCGAAGGCACCAGAGACGAGUUCAUCCGGAAUUGCAAAGACGGCCAGUACGAUGAUGUGGUAGCGAUUUACCGAUCCAAUACGUCUACCAAGUUCACUGGCCCGUUCGAUGCAGAGUUGCUCUCGGUCCUUCCCAAGUCAUUGAAGUAUAUCUGCCACAAUGGAGCUGGCUAUGACAACAUUGACAUCCCCGGCUGCUCAGAGAAGGGAAUUGCUGUAUCCAGUACCCCAGUCGCCGUUAACCACGCCACAGCCGACGUAGGCAUCUUCCUGAUGAUUGGCGCUUUGCGCCAGGCUUAUGUCCCCUUAUCUGCUCUUCGCGCUGGCCACUGGCAGGGAAAAACUACGCUCGGCCAUGACCCCCAGGGCAAGGUGCUUGGUAUUCUCGGAAUGGGAGGAAUUGGAAGGGAAAUGGCCAAUCGCGCAAGAGCUUUCGGAAUGAAGAUACAAUACCACAACAGAUCGAGACUCUCACCAGAGCUUGAGUGGGAUGCUCAAUAUGUCUCGUUUGAUGAGUUGCUGGGGAAUGCGGAUGUCCUCAGCUUGAAUCUCGCUCUCAAUGCCAAAACCCGCCAUAUCAUUGGCGAGAAGGAGUUCCAGAAGAUGAAGGAUGGUGUGGUCAUUGUGAACACAGCUCGUGGAGCUUUGAUUGACGAAAAGGCUCUGGUCGCCGCUUUGGAUUCGGGCAAGGUCAUGUCGGCUGGUUUGGAUGUGUAUGAAAACGAGCCCGAGAUAGAAGCUGGCCUGGUAAAUAACCCCCGCGUGAUGCUGCUACCACACAUCGGAACCGCGACCUAUGAGACUCAGAAGGAAAUGGAGCUUGUUAGGGCUCGCUUAGGGCGCGCGGGCGCCAAGAGCGAAAAAGCGCACCACAACGAGCGAGCCUCGCGAUCUCAAGAUUCCAGCGGCCGACGAAAGCAAAGCGACAAAACUUCUCAUCCGACAUCGAGGACCACCCCGCUCGGCAACCGCAUCAAGAUGGUCCGUUACGCUGCUCAGGAGAUUCCGGCCGCAAAGAGCGCCCGCGCCCGGGGCUCUUACCUGCGUGUCAGCUUCAAGAACACCCGUGAGACCGCUCAGGCCAUCAACGGCAUGAAGCUGCAGCGCGCCCUUACCUUCCUCGAGAACGUCACCACCAAGACCGAGGUCGUUCCCUUCCGGCGGUACGCUGGCAGCAUUGGUCGCUGCGCUCAGGGCAAGCAGUGGGGUGUCAGCAAGGCUCGCUGGCCCGUCAAGUCCGCUCAGUUCCUCAUCGACCUCCUGAAGAACGCUGAGGCCAACGCCGACACCAAGGGUCUCGACACCGGCAACCUUGUUGUCAAGCACAUCCAGGUCAACCAGGCUCCCAAGGGCCGGAGACGCACCUACCGUGCUCACGGUCGUAUCAACCCCUACAUGACCAACCCCUGCCACAUCGAGCUCAUCCUUACCGAGGGUGAGGAGACUGUCCAGAAGGGCCCCCACGUUGUCAAGCGCGAGGAGGUCCGCCUCAGCUCCCGCCAGCGUGGUGCUCAGAUCCGCCGUGCCCUCACCGAGGCGUAA